AAACUAAAAACAGGCGGGCCAGCUGUUCCCUCACGGUUAUAAAAUAAACGUAAAACUCACCAGCAUCAUGAGCUCAAGUAAUACCGAGGGAAUGUUUUCCAAUCCUUCGCAAUGGAAGAGACCGGAGGAUAUUCUGAAGAUGCAACGAUUGAAAAGAAAGCAAAAAGCUUUACAGGAUCGCAUCAACAAUCAGUCCAAAAGUGUAACCACGACGCAGUCGAGUAAAGCUCCCGAGGAUCCCAUUGCAAGUCGAUUCGAAAGCAACACCAAACGGAAGAAUCCUUUCUCAAGGGCUACCGAAAACAAUGCAAAACGACCGAAAGGAGACGUACUGGAAGAUCUUACAGCGACCGGGGAAGAUUCCGUGUUUGAGCUGCUAAGUAAAACAAGUGCUCCAGUUGUGCCACAACUCGAGGCGCCCGUAGUGAAGCCCUUGGUUGAACAGCAGUUCCUCCAACAGCAAUGUCCCGUCGAGCAAACGCUACCCGAGUUGGUGGAAGAACCGCCGAAAACGAGCAAACAAGCACCAAUCCACUGGAGCAUCAAAAGCAAACUACGUAUCAUCUGUCGAACACCGAUUCCAGGUACCAACUUAAAAACCAACCAGGAAGCCAGCGGGCUAACGUCCUUCGUUCGAUGCAUCGACCCGAAGGAAUCAUCUACCGGGUUGGACAUAUCCCCCGGUGCCCGGUUUUAUCAGGCCACCCUGUACUGGCAACAUCCGUAUCUACCCUGGUUCACCUUGUUCCCACGGAAUUCACGAAACAACAACACGCAAACACCACUCGAUGAAUCGGUCCGGACGGUGCUGGCCAAGGAGUGGGUCACAAGUUUUCGCAAUCUGUUCCAGCUAGUCCGGGCACGCCAGUGUCCGUAUUUCUACCUCUGUGCAAAUUCCUUCACCGUGCUCUUCCGUGCCGCUGGUAUCGGUGGAAGAGUGGAAACACACGCCAUCAUGACGCCAACCUCGAGAGGAAUGCGUGCCGCGCUCAAACAAGAGGAGAUUGAGUUCACCAUGCCACUGAAAAAGUCCUCCAACACCCAGGAAACACUGAACCGCUCGGCAGAGUCGGGGAUUGGUAAUGGAAGCUUUUCCAACUCGUCCGAGGAACAGUCGCAGACGGCUGCCACCGAGGAUGCGUCGGGUGAUCGUCUCUCGGACGAAGACGAUGACGACGAUUUGGAUGGCGAACAGUGGUUGGAAAGUCUCGGUGUGGAUGCGGCCGAAAUCCGCAAGAUAAGCGACAACCACACGAAAAAGGUGCAGAAGAGUGAAUGCGGUGGAGACUAUAGCGAUCAAUCGCUGGUCCUCAUCGAGGGAUCCGAGUGUCAGGCAUUCUUCAAUUUUCUUCUCAACGCCAAGAGUACCAUCGCCAAGGUAGGUCGGCUGAGUGGCAUUCCGCCAACGCUUCUUGCACCGGUUUCGUUCGUUGGUGCAACGCUCCGUUCGCUGCAAAGCCGAUCGACGAAAAUUCGCAUGGAUGGACAGGAUUAUCACAGUACCGAGCUGCAUGGCGUCAUCCUGCCACACAUCCUACCGUAUCUGACCGAUUUGUUGUGUGAAAGUAAGGAUAAAUAUAGCGUAACACUGGCUACCGUCCCCAAUACUGCCGCUCUUUGUGAAGCAUCCCGGAAACUUAUCAACGAUUCCGAUAAAGAGAACGAUGCAUCUGCCCUGGCAGAUCCGGUGUUUGGCAAGGAGAAUCUGUCCGAUUGUGGCAUUAACAUGCGCAUCGUCGAAACCAUGUGCCGUGCGACAAAGGAUUCCGUUUUUGAUACGGAGCGCCUUCUUUACAACCAAGAAGAGGGUGGGUUUUCGUGGAGCUAACAGUAAAAAGGGAUUACGAAAUACAUUUUUUCUCAC